GCCGCCAAAACCUGUGACGUAGACUCUUAUCGCCGGUAAGCUACAACCACUGAUUUCCCCGAAACAGCAAAGCGUCCAAAAACUCAUACUACUCCUUCUCCGGCUUACUUACCACCGUAGACGAUUCUCUCCGCCCCCGCUUCUAUGACUUCCAUUCUCCACUCCGUCUCCUCCAUCCUCUCCUCCCGAGUUAACUCCGCCGAACGUCUAGGAGUUCUCUCCCUCCGGAAUCCCGUCGAGUUCACUCGUCGACGCCACGGUAGGUCCACGUCGGACUUCGAAACUUCUGGGCGGAGAUUGGUUGUGCGUGCGGCGGAGACUGAUACUGAUAAAGUUAAAUCUCAGGUACCGGACAAGGCACCAGCCGGUGGUGGUUCGAGCAUUAACCAGCUUCUUGGUAUCAAAGGAGCCGCUCAAGAGACUAAUAAAUGGAAGAUUCGUCUUCAGCUUACAAAGCCAGUCACUUGGCCUCCUUUAGUCUGGGGAGUGGUCUGUGGUGCUGCUGCUUCAGGGAACUUCCACUGGACUCCAGAGGAUGUUGCUAAGUCGAUUCUUUGCAUGUUGAUGUCUGGCCCGUGUCUAACUGGCUAUACACAGACAAUCAACGACUGGUAUGAUCGAGAUAUUGAUGCGAUUAACGAGCCGUAUCGUCCAAUUCCAUCUGGAGCAAUAUCAGAGCAAGAGGUUAUUACACAAGUCUGGGUGCUGUUACUGGGAGGUCUUGGAAUUGCUGGAACUUUAGAUGUGUGGGCCGGGCAUACAACUCCUACUUUGUUCUAUCUUGCUUUGGGAGGAUCCUUGCUCUCUUAUAUAUACUCUGCUCCACCUUUGAAGCUAAAACAAAAUGGAUGGGUUGGAAACUUUGCACUGGGAGCAAGCUACAUCAGUUUACCAUGGUGGGCUGGACAAGCGUUGUUUGGCACUCUUACACCAGACGUUGUCGUUCUAACACUCUUGUACAGCAUAGCUGGGCUGGGAAUAGCCAUUGUUAAUGACUUCAAAAGUGUUGAAGGAGACAGAGCAAUGGGCCUUCAGUCUCUCCCUGUAGCUUUUGGCACUGAAGCUGCAAAAUGGAUUUGCGUUGGUGCUAUAGACGUUACUCAGCUCUCUGUUGCCGGAUAUCUAUUAGCAUCUGGCAAACCUUAUUAUGCGUUGGCGCUGCUUGCUUUGAUCAUUCCACAGAUUGUGUUCCAGGUAAAGACAUAUUACAGUGUCAUAUCCAAACUCGGCUACAUUCUUUUCACUCGUUUGAUUAUUACUUACUCUUCUUCAAACUUCAGUUUAAAUACUUUCUCAAGGACCCUGUCAAAUACGACGUCAAGUACCAGGCUAGCGCACAGCCGUUCUUGGUGCUUGGCAUAUUCGUGACGGCAUUAGCAUCAAGUCACUGAAUGAGCGUAUUUAUGAUGGAGUUUUGGCCACAAAGUAAAUGCGCUAACCAUAAAUUUGGUUAAAGUGGUGGCAUCGACUAGUCUUUUAAGACACUGCAAAAUAUAAUGUAUGUACCAACCAUCACUAGAAACAACUCCUUGUUGUAUCAAGCUAGCCUAAUUGGGUGAAACUGAGAUCGCUAGUGCUUCCGGAAAAUGCGUUUCUUAUAUACGCUUAGUCUUGUUA